AUGGCGCCACAGCUAGGCGUUCAGCCAUCGCUUGACACCAUUCGAGAGGUAUUGGCUGCAGCAGUCAAGUCGCCCAACCCACCAAACCUCGUACCCGUAUUCUCCUCGAUACCCGCCGAGUUCUUGACCGCGUCAAGCAUAUACCUGAAGAUUUCCGCAAAAUCCAAGUCAAAACUGUCAUUCCUCUUCGAGAGCGCUGCGACAACCGAGACGAUAGGACGGUACAGCUUCAUUGGCGCAGACCCUCGCAAAGUCAUCAAGACCGGCCCCGGCCAUGGCGAAGAGACCGACCCACUACCCCUCCUCGAGAAGGAGCUUGCGAAGAGCCGCGUUGCGACCGUGCCCUCGAUACAACUACCUCCCAUGACCGGCGGUGCUGUUGGAUAUGUUGGUUAUGAUUGCGUCAAAUACUUCGAGCCCAAGACAAGGAGAGAUGACAUGAAGGACGUAUUGGGUGUACCGGAGAGCUUCUUCAUGCUCUACGAUACACUGGUGGCUCUGGACCAUUUCGCGCAGGUCGUAAAGGUCAUAACAUACGUCAAGGUACCGGACAGCAUGGACGAUCUGGAACAAGCGUACGAAGAAGCGAAGACUACGCUAAAGAAAUACACAACGAUACUCAAGGACAAGGACAUUCCGCUACCGGAACAAGGGCCUAUCCAGCUCGGUAACGAGUACAAGUCGAACAUUGGCCAGGACGGUUAUGAGAACCAUGUCAAGUCACUGAAGAAGCACAUCAGCGUUGGCGACAUCAUCCAAGCAGUACCUUCUCAACGGUUCGCAAGACCGACAUCGUUGCACCCCUUCAACAUCUACCGCAACCUGCGGAACGUCAACCCUUCACCAUACCUAUUCUUCGUUGACUGUGACGAUUUCCAGAUAGUGGGGGCAAGUCCUGAGCUGCUGGUAAAAGAAGAGCAGGGUCGCAUCAUCACGCAUCCCAUCGCUGGCACCGUCAAGCGGGGCAAGACGCUGCAAGAAGAUGCAGCACUCGCAGAAGAAUUGUCCAACUCUCUCAAGGACCGGGCCGAACAUGUGGGUUUCCUGACGUACCAACACCUGGUUUCGGAGGUCUCGGGGGUGUUGCGACCUGGCAAGACCCGAUUCGACGCGUUCCGCUCAAUCUUCCCCGCUGGAACGGUGAGCGGUGCGCCCAAGGUGCGCGCUAUGGAGCUCAUUGCCGAGCUUGAGCGGGAAAAGCGCGGUGUGUAUGCUGGCGCGGUGGGAUACUUUGGCUACGGCUCUAUUGAUGGCGACAAGGAAAUUGAAGGUGCCAUGGACACAUGCAUUGCGCUAAGAACCAUGCUUGUCAAAGAUGGCAUCGCGUAUCUCCAAGCAGGGGGCGGCAUAGUUUUCGACUCGGACCCUUACGAUGAGUGGAUGGAGACGAUCAAUAAGUUAGGUGAGUUUAUUUUUUUCCUUUUGGUCGUCUGCUCCGAGUCGGCGCACAGAGCUGACCGCUGUUUGGUAGGCGCGAACACGCACUGCAUCACCUCAGCUGAGGAGAAGCAUCUGGCCGAGCAGCACGAGGACGAGGCGGGCGAAGGCGAAAAGAAGGCGCCCACAUCGACGCUCGAGGGCGAUGCAGAGACGCGCAUUUCUCUUGUGGCUGGGUAG